AUUCAAGACAAAAAAAGAGUGAGAUGGCCAGCCUGCAGCAGCAGCAAGAGGCUGAUGCAACCGUGCCGCCCUCAGGAGGUGGAGGAAGCAACCGCAUAGUGGCUUUCAAUGUGGAAGGACUCGGCCUGCCGACGUCCCUCACCAGUAACAACAGCAGCAAACGUUUUGAUCAAGAUGACCCAAAAGAUAAGAAACCUGGAUGGAAAAAGUUCUUGUCGCAUGUAGGCCCCGGUUUCCUUGUUUGCUUGGCUUAUAUAGACCCUGGCAAUAUGGAAUCUGACAUUCAAGCAGGAGGUACGUACGGAUACGAGUUAAUGUGGGUAAUUCUGCUUGGAUUGAUCUUCGCUCUAAUAGUCCAAUAUCUUGCAGCUAAUCUAGGCGUAAGCACAGGCAAACAUCUAUCUGAGUUAUGUAAGGAUGAAUAUCCAAAAGUCGUGAGGUAUUGCCUAUGGUUGCUAGCAGAGUCCGCCGUCAUAGCUGCUGAUAUCCCUGAAGUAAUUGGGACAGCCUUUGCAUUGAAUAUUCUGUUCAAACUCAAAGUAUGGAUUGGAGUCCUCUGCACAGGCCUCAGCACUCUCGUAUUUCUUAGUUUACAGAGAUAUGGGGUGAGGAAACUGGAAUUUUUAAUAGCAGUGAUGGUGUUUCUAAUGGGUGGAUGUUUCUUUGGAGAAAUGAGUUAUGUGAAGCCCCCAGCAGAUGCUGUGUUGAAGGGAAUGUUCGUGCCAAAGCUCAAUGGCCAAGGAGCCACCGGCCUUGCCAUUGCCUUACUGGGUGCCACUGUUUCCCCGCACAAUUUAUUUCUCCAUUCUGCUCUUGUACUUUCUCGAAAAGUACCUAACUCUGUUCAGAGUGUCAAUGCUGCAUGUCGGUAUUUCCUUAUAGAAACUGGAUUUGCAUUCUUUGUUGCAUUUCUUAUCAACGUAGCAAUGGUAUCUGUACCGGCCGCUGUCUGCUUCAGCCCAAGCCUCUCUGUGGGAGAUAAGGAUAACUGUAACAAUCUCACACUUGACUCUGCUUCCUUCCUUCUCAAGAAUGUAUUAGGAAGCUCAAGCUCCAUUCUCUAUGGUAUUGCCAUGCUUGCCGCAGGACAGAGCUCUGCAAUCUCAGGCACCUAUGCAGGGCAAUUUAUAAUGCAGGGGUGGAAGAGGAACUUGUUGACAAGGUCCAUUGCCAUUGUACCAAGUAUUUUAGCUGCCACCAUUGGUGGGGCUCAAGCAGCAGGCAGAUUGAUCAUCAUCGCAUCGAUGAUAUUGUCCUUUGAACUCCCGUUCGCUCUCAUCCCUCUUCUUAAAUUUAGCUACAGCAGCACCAAGAUGGGACCACACAUCAAUUCACGAGUUAUCAUUGCAAUAUCUUGGGUACUAAGCUUGGGAAUGGUUGGCAUCAACGUAUAUUACCUGAGCACAGGCUUCGUGGGUUGGUUGAUUCACAGCCAUUUACACAAGGUCGGUAAAGUGUUCAUUGGAAUCCUAGUUUUCCCUCUCAUGGCAAUCUACAUCCUUGCUGUCAUCUAUUUGACCUUCCGAAAGGACACUGUAGUUACAUAUGUGGAACCUACGAAGCCAGAUCAAAUGGAAAAAGGACUUGACCAGAUCGACCAAGGUGUCCCAUUCAGAGAGGAUUUGGCUGAUAUUCCAUUGCCAAAUUAGCUGCAUCCCGUUGACCCUUUGGAGGAUUCACUUCUUCUAACAAGGGUAUUUUAAUUUCUUGCCUUUGUGUUAUAAAGGCAAAUUACAAUU